AUGCCUCACAGCUCUGACAGCAGCGACUGCAGCUUCAGCCGCUCUCCUCCACCCGGCAAACAGGACUCAUCAGAUGAUGUGAGAAAGGUUCAGAGAAGGGAGAAAAAUCGCAUUGCCGCCCAGAAGAGCCGACAGCGACAGACACAGAAGGCUGACACCCUGCACUUGGAAAGCGAAGACCUGGAGAAACAGAAUGCAGCCCUGCGCAAGGAAAUCAAACAGCUCACAGAGGAAAUGAAGUACUUCACGUCGGUGCUGAACAGCCAUGAGCCUCUGUGCUCCGUCCUCACCCCCAGCACGCCCUCGCCUACCGAAGUGGUGUACAGCGCCCAUUCCUUCCAUCAACCCCACCUCAGCGCCCCGCGCUUCCAGCCCUAA